UCAAAAGUGCAUAGCUCGCUGUUUAUUUUGUUGUUCUCUCUUCAAAUAAAAGCUUUCCACCUUCAUCAAUCUCUAAAUCAGGCAAAAAGAAACCUCUUUGAAUGAGCAAUUAUUUGCCAGUUUAAUUAAAUCAUAAAAACAAAAGGUAUUUUGCUUCCUUUCAUAUCUACAUAAAGCAAACCCACUACCUCCCUUAAUACCUUUCCUCCCUUUUGAACCCAAUGUCUCUCUUUCUCACCAAGUUUAGCAUCCCCCUUCGCCUUAGCCGCCAAGAAAUUCGCUCCAAGCUUCCCUCAUUCCUCCCUCCCUACAUAUUUGAACAACCCACCAUUGCUUUCCUCUCAUUGAUACUUUGAGAGAAAUCAGAAAGCCCAAGUUUCAGAAGCUCUAUUCAGAGUUUUAUACAGAGAGGGAUGAGUCCAGAUUGGGGGCCGGUGGCCGUUGCUGUGGUUCUGUUCAUCCUCUUAUCUCCUGGAUUACUAUUCCAGCUACCAGCGAGAACAAGGGUGAUGGAGUUUGGGAACAUGUCUACAAGUGGGAUUGCUAUUCUAAUUCAUGCCGUCAUUUACUUUUGCAUAAUCACUAUCUUGGUCAUUGCUAUUGGCAUUCAUAUACAUGUAAAUUAAUUAUUUAGUCAGAAAAUUCUACAAAGAUGGGCUCUUUUUGCUCCAUCUUUCUCUC